AUGACGAUUAAAAAGGAAAAAACAUCACAUGCUGAAUUUAUGGAAAGCAAUCAUAAAACUUAUUAUAUAUUAUCAGAUUUACGGAGUUACUUUAAAAUUAGGAGUUUCCCCACUUCUUACAUCGG